AUGUUGUGCUCCAGAUCUAAACGAGUGUUUGUACUCGUGUGUAUUCUUUCUUCAUUUCUUCUUGUCGCCACUGCAACAUCGAUUACUGAAGAAGAAGAAGGAGUAGAAGAAUGGGGGACAAGUGUAAAAGGAAGGUUUUUGGCAGAGGAAAAUGAACUAAACUCAUCUCUGAUUUUGGCUGCAAAGAGAACCAAAAGAAAAGAUCCUGAUGAGAAUUUCAAGCUUUAUACUGGUGGAUGGAACAUAAGCAAUACCCAUUAUUGGACUUCUGUUGCUUACACAGCGGCGCCUUUCAUUACUAUAGCACUAAUCUGGUUUGUGUUCUUCGGGAUAUGCACUUUUUUCAUCUGCGUUUGCUAUUGCUGCUGUUCCCGUCGAUCUUACGGCUACUCCCGGAUUGCUUAUGCUCUCUCCCUGAUCCUCCUCAUACUGUUCACAAUCGCAGCAAUCGUGGGAUGUGUUUUCCUUUACACUGGUCAAGGGAAGUUUCAUGCGAGCACAUCAGAUACUUUGGACUAUGUAGUGCGUCAAGCAAAUUUCACGUCAGAAAGCCUCAGGAAUGUGUCAGAUUAUCUCAACGCAGCUAAGAAAGUGGAUGUGCAAUCCAUCGUUCUUCCGAGUGAUGUUUUAUCGAGCAUUGACGAUAUACAGGGAAAGAUAAACUCCUCUGCAACUACUCUUUCUACUAAAACAAUGGAGAACCAAGACAAGAUUCAAGAUGUCUUGGACAACAUGAGACUUGCACUCAUCAUCAUCGCUGCUGUGAUGCUUUUCCUUGCAUUUAUCGGAUUCUUACUCUCUAUCUUUGGAGUGCAGUGCCUUGUGUACACGUUGGUGAUUCUUGGUUGGAUUCUUGUCACUGGCACUUUCGUCUUAUGUGGUGUAUUUCUUGUUCUACACAACGUUGUUGGAGAUACGUGUGUGGCAAUGGACCAAUGGGUCCAAAACCCAACAGCUCACACGGCUCUAGACGAUAUUCUACCAUGCGUUGAUAAUGCAACCGCGAGAGAAACAUUGACUCGGACUAAGCUUGUGACAUACCAGUUGGCUAACCUUCUUGACUCUGCCAUCAACAACAUGGCCAACAGAAACUUCCCUCCUCAAGCCCGACCCCUUUAUUACAACCAGUCCGGUCCCUUAAUGCCCAAACUCUGUAACCCUUUCAACGCUGAUCUCUCUGACCACCAGUGCCAACCCGGUGACGUCCAUCUGAGCAAUGCCACAGACAUGUGGAAGAGCUUCACUUGCCAAGUUGGAGCAUCAGGAAUAUGCAGCACACAAGGACGUCUGACACCAAAGCUUUACACACAGAUGGCUGCAGCACUUAACGUAAGCUAUGGUCUGAACAAGUACGGUCCAUUCCUGGCAGAUCUGCAAGGGUGUGACUUCGUGAGGUCAACAUUCACUGAUAUAGAGAGGGAUCACUGUCCGGGACUGAAGAGAUACACAAAAUGGAUCUAUGCUGGUCUUGUGGUUGUGUCUACUGCUGUGAUGCUGUCUUUGGUGUUUUGGAUUAUAUACGCUAGGGAGAGGAGGCACAGGGUUUACACAAAAGACUACAAUGCUAUGCACCCUGAAGCUUCACGAGACAAAGCCCCCUAA